AUGAAUCCAGAUCCAGGAAUCUUGAAGCUCCUCGGCGUAGAUGCUGAUGAAACGAGCAUAUCUCCGUCUGGCAGAGGAGGCUGCAGCUCCGCUACAACAUCGGAGAUUGUAUCCUUUCUGGCCAUUGAAUUCCUCCACCUCACAUCACGUUCGACUUCAAAGUCAAGGACGGCGAAAUCGCUCGCAACCAAGCUCGCAAAACUGCACACGACGCCUGCGCCUGUCCCUGUGGGUUAUGACAAGCCCGCAUUCGUCUUCCUGGUGACCACAUUUUGCGGGGAUACACCACAGCGCGAUACAUUCAAGGAGAGUUGGGUGGACUUUUACGCUAAGAACCUGCUCAUGUUCAUAUUGGGGAGAGCUGAGACGAAACACGGCAAGGACAAGGACCUCCGCACGCUCGUUGAGAAUACAGCAUACAAAAUAGCUCCGCAAAUCAUUGGUGAUAUGCAUCUUAAUAGUGGCGACGGCGUUGCUCCAGUCGUUGUGCACGGCGACCUCUGGAGUGGCAAUGCCGGUACUAGGGUAAUUGGCAAUAUCAAAGGUGAGCCAGAAGACGUCACAUAUGACCCUUCAGCGUGCUAUGCGCACAGCGAGUACGACCUCGGCGCUAUGAAGAUGUUUGGCGGUUUCAAUGCCAGUUUUAUAAAGGAGUAUCAUGAGCUGUGCCCUAGGACCGAGUCAGUACACGAGUAUGAGGAUCGAGUCAGCUUAUACGAACUAUACCAUCAUCGCAACCACUACGCCAUGUUUGGGGGCGAUAUCGCAGUGGCUCUGUAA